AUGGGUUCCGUCGUCCUCCCACACCUGCGCACCGGCUGGCACGUCGACCAGGCGAUCCUCUCCGAAGAAGAUCGUCUCGUCUUGAUCCGAUUCGGCCGCGACUCUGACCCAGACUGCAUGUCGCAAGACGAGGUACUCUACAAGAUUGCGGACCGCGUCAAAAACUUUUGCGCCAUCUACCUGUGCGACCUGGACGAGGUGCCCGACUUCAAAGCCAUGUACGAACUGUACGACCCGUGCACCGUCAUGUUCUUCUUCCGCAACAAGCACAUGAUGUGCGAUUUUGGCACCGGUAACAACAACAAGCUGAACUGGGUGCUUGAGGACAAGCAGGAGUUUAUUGAUAUUAUUGAGACGGUAUAUCGGGGUGCGAAGAAGGGUAGGGGUCUGGUGGUUAGCCCAAAGGAUUACAGUACGAGGUAUCGGUACUAG